AUGGGCUCCACCGAUGAGGCAUUGCUGAACGAUUAUGUGCUUACUUGGAUGGCAGCUCUGUUUGAGCUCACAAUGUACGCUCGUUACCUUCGUUCCUCGCCUGCCAAACUGGCAUUGCUGGUUCUUCCGGACGAUGGCGCUGAGCACUACCAGAAGCAAGUGCAGGAACGGGUGCUGCAAGAGUGCCAAAAGGAAUGGCAGACAAUCUUGGCUUUGGAAGAGCACCCCGUGAUGAACAACGUUUUGAAAAAACUUUGUCCACACACCCGCUUCCGCUGCCUUCGCGAGCCGCUGACAUGUCUGGAGCAGCACAGCUUCAAGAUGUCGGACGAUGUUCGGGAGAUGAUCCUGGCUUGGCAUCCAAAGGUGUCACAUUCCGCGAACGUGGAAGGUGUCUUCAACGGCCUGGAGGACACAGUCAAACGGGCAAUGAAGAGCAACAACCCCAGCCUGCCCAACAUACAAUGCUCCGCAAUCAGAGCUGUCCACCGCAAGUUGUGCCAGGGAGACGCAAGCCCUCAAGGUGUGGCUCUGGCCCCGCCUGAUUUUGAAGGCCAAGAGAUCCGAAACAUUCGGCCGAACGUGUUCAAGCCGGAAUCCUUUCAGGGGAGCUCCCUGUUCCGCAUGGAAGACAUCCUCAAGCCUUUCGGCAGCACAUCGGCCUUCUACCACAACAAGGUCAACCUCAACUAUCUUCGGGCCUUCAUCCUCGCAUCGGAGAUCCUUCUCUGA